AUGAAUUAAAAAAAUUCACAAAGAAACCAUUAAUUUGGAAACCAAGUUAAGAAUCACAAGCUCAAUUAACAGAAUGAGCGGAUUAAGAAUUAUUAAUCUAAUACCAUGAUUGAAUUUUCUAACAGAUAACGACUGUAUGAUGAUAUCUACAAUUUUGAUCAAAUUAAAAGUGAAAGUCUUAAUUUUCUCUCUCGAGUAAAAGCAUUGAGACAGAGUAAAUUUAGGGAAGUGGUUGAAUCAGCUAAAUAAAAAUUUGUUACAUCACCAAUUUAUCUCAAAAAUAGUAUCAUAUAACUCUAAAAAAAUUCAAUUAUAAACAUGGUUGAAUAACUGAGAAAUCUAAAGAAAACUAAUAAUAAUAAACUUCAAAAUAAUAAGAAUCAGACCAAGAAAUCUAAGUAAUUUAAUUUAAAUGUUAUUUUGGGAUGUGCCAUUCCUUUAAUAUGCUGUUUGGUAGUACUAAUUGAAAUAAAUCAAAUAGAAAGGGAGAAUAACAAAUGA